GAGCCGGUUCGCGGUCACGAAGAAUGUCAUCUGCGGGCACUGCAAAGGGUCCGGGGGGAAGGAGAAGGCGAAACCGCACGACUGCGCGUCAUGCGGCGGACAAGGAAUGACCGAGACGUUCCAACCCGUCGGACCCGGCCUGGUCACCCGCGCCAUGAAAACGUGCGGCACCUGCAACGGCGACGGCAAGGUGUUCAAGGAGAAGGAGAAGUGCCGCAAAUGCAAGGGCAAAAAGGUGGUGGAGGCGCGAAAGACCCUCGAACUCUACAUCCCGCCGGGAUCGCGCCAAGGCGAGAGCAUCCCGCUCAAGGGCGAGGCGGACCAGGUGCCGGGCCAGGAACCGGGCGACAUCAUCUUCCACCUCGUCGAGGUCCCGCACGACACCUUCCGCCGCGCCGGCGCCGAUCUGGCCGCCGAUAUUCACAUCUCGCUCUCCGAGGCGUUGACGGGAUUCGGGCGCGUGGUGCUGACGCACCUCGAUGGGCGGGGGAUCCAGAUCCAGGUGGAUCAGCCGGCAGGCCGGGUGCUGAAACCGGAUCAGGUACUCAAGGUGAAAGGAGAGGGGAUGCCGAUUAAGAGGAGUGAGGGCAGGGGAGACCUCUUCCUCGUGUUGAAGAUUGACUUCCCCGAGGACGGGUGGUUGAAAGAUGCGGCGGCUAUCAGAGCCGUGCGUGAUGUGCUGCCCAAACCGAAACCAGCCAUGGCGUCAGACAACGUGGAUGAGGUCCAAUGGGAGGAUGGGGACAUGGACGACUACGGCGCGGGAUCUGGCGACCAAGAAUGGGAGGACGACGACGAAGAGGGAGGACCCCAAUGCGCAACGCAAUGAGCGUGACGCCGCCACCAUCUUCAUUCUUUCUCCCCCUGCAUUAUUUUUCACAUCCCACGUCAUAGACCGGCUCCUCGGCGUUUGGAACUCCCCACGCCUUCGCGAUAUCCCGACGAUUCGCAUGAUAUAGGAUAUCCAACCCCUACUCCGGGUGUAUAGAUAGUAUUGAUAGCGUCCGUAGCACGCUAUGCGACGAUCAUGAUCAUGACCACUUUGACCGCUCGUUCAUCGCGUCAGCCUCCUGCCCCAUCCGCGCCAUCCACCGGUCUACCAGCUCCUUGUUCUCGUCGCGCAGUUUCUGGGACUUCGCCUCCGCGACGUUGAGCUGGAGGUUGAGCGAGAGCAUCUCGUCUUGCACGUCCUCCACCAGCUUUGCCUUCGCCUUCAACUCCAUAUUCCGAUCCUCCAGCUU